AUGUGGGCAUUGUUUUACAAUUGCUUCAGCAUCUGUAUGCUCCAUAUUGAGCACCUGGGCCUCCUAAAGAGACAUCUGCAAUACACCUGUAUUGCCAACAGGAUUGAGGAGGACAUCAACAACGUGUUCAAGGCUUUCCCCCUGUUCCCUGGCAAGCAGACCUUCACCAAUCAAACACAGAUUGGCAAGUUGGUGGUGGCGGGGCUGACAGGAGGUGAGAUGGACAGCUUCUUGCAGGUCACUGAGCUCCUCUUCAGGGAGUGGGUGAGUGAUCUGCAGGAGCAUGAGUGUUGGCAUGUCCAUGUUGAUAUUGUCCACCUCCUGCAGCAGGACAGCUUCAGCGCCAAUGACCUAGACAAGCUUGAGAAGCUGACCAAGAGAUGGAAACAUCUCAUGGUCAAGCUCUAUGGCAGUGUUGCUGAGUGGCAGUGUGUGAUGAGCUUGAAGAAGAAGUGGUUGAAGAAGUGUUUGUGGACGGCUGAGAUGGUGGCCAGCGACAUGACAAUGAGUGGAGAGAAGCCACUGAGCUUCUCCUUUCUGAACUUUGAGGUCAUGCAACACUGGCCAGAACUGAUCUGCUUCCUUGGCCCCCCUUGGGUCCAGGACACAUGCCUGUGGGAGCAGUGGCACCUUGUGGCCAAGAUGACUGUGUGCUGCACAAACCAGAUCAAUACUGAAUGGGUGAUCCUCAUUAAGGAGCCCUACACGCUCACCGUGAGUGUCACUGCUGUGGCUGACAUCACAAGCAAUUGCAAGUGCAACCUCAACGACGCUGUUGAACAAGAGGUGGGUGAGGGCUCCGAGAUCGCCUACAACCACAUCACCUCACACAACUCGGCCUAUUACUAUGGCCAUUUCCUUUGA